AGUAAUAAGUUAAAUUAUAAAAGACUUAGACUUUUUGAAAUUAUUAAAAAAGUCUUAUUAAUUAAUUACGAAUUAAAAUUAUUAAAUACGAUACGAUAUUAUCUUAUUUUCUAUAUUUUAUUAUUUAAACUUAUACUAAGAGGUUUAUAUAUAAAAGAUAAUAUUAUUAUUAAACUAAAUUAA